AGGUCAAGUGUCUGGAAGCGCGGAGUACGAUGCUCCGCCUGCUGACCUUGCUCUGCCCCAUUCGGAGGCAAAAACUGGGCCUCAGGAAGUACAUUGCUGGUGGAAGUUAUAAAAAUGAACAUGGACCGUCCUAUUACCUUAUCCCAGAGAUACCUAGCGAAUCUUAUGUCACACAAAACCUUUUGGAGCCGCUAAAUAUUUCAAAGUAGAUUGGCUUGCUUAUAUAUAUUUUUUGCCAACAGUUUAGAGGAUUUAAAACCUGACAGAGUGUUCGGGGGAGUUUUCAAAACUUAUCAUGAACUACCAGGUUUCCCUGUCGAAGUUAUCAGACAACAUCCAAAGAGGCAGUCUUCCAAAGAAUGACUCCAUCAUCAUAUUUGCCCUUGAACAAGCAUCUUUUCCUGUCGAACAAGCUUUCUGCAACUUAACUUGCCUCACCAACAUAAAAGAAGAUUUUGUUUGGACUUUAGUGGUAUCUCGCCUCUAUCAGAAAUUGAAAACUGCCAGACGUGAAUAUUUUUGCCGUGAUUCCUCUAUAUAUGAUGCACUCCUGACACUCAAACGAACCAACUCUAAUUUAGAUGAGUUUGAAAAAGGCCUUCUGGACGCAUGGAUCUAUGACUGUUGGAUAAUGGGUACUGAUUUAUUACUUCCCAAUAAUAAAUGUGGGGAGGUGACUUCACUCUCAGAAUCGAAAAAUGAUGCACAUGGAGUAAGCACUACUACAGUUUCUUCAAGUACUAUCCCGCGACAUUCUUCGAAGUCUUUGGAAGCUAUACAUGAUGCAUAUACAGAUAUAGAGAAAGAAGAGAUGCAGUUUCAAGUGAUGGUUGGGACUACAGCUGUAGUAUCAUCGCCUCAUGUUUCACGUUCGGAACGUACUGGUCGUAUAGAAACACCGUCACAUUCAGAUCUUCUCACUGGUAGACUAGAUAUAAAAGUCGCUGAAUCAGAUUUGGCUCCAUCAGCACCAUACUGGUUGCCAGCAGUUCUGGUGGCACAGAAAAUGGUGGACACAUAGCUGGUAUGCAUAUCAAAUUGUCUUCGAAUGAAAUAGUCAGUGCUUUCUUGAGACACUGUAGUACUAGUGAGGUUCGUCGGACUGUAUGGGAAUAUUGGGUUCGACUUGCAAGUGGUCAAUAUUUCGGUCCAUCAACGGGUUUACAUGCAUCUAAUGAUAACCGUAUACAACUUAUUCGUUAUUUACGAAGAUCUCUGGCAAAACACCUUGGUUGUAACGAUUGGUUGUCUGUUAUCUGGCGUUCUCCUAAUAUGUGUUCUCCAACAUCUCCUGAUAGACUUAUUUCUGAUGUUCUUGAACCUUUUAGAACUUUAUUGAAACCUGCUGGGGAACAAGAUUUUAAAGUAUUGAGAGAAUGGGCAAAUACAAAUUUAGACCUAUCUGGCAAAACUCUAGAAGCUUGGGAUGUUGAUUAUGCAUUGGAGCAAUAUAAUUAUGCAGCUGACUAUGCAGAAUUGGAAACGGUGAUCACACCGCCGGAUGGUUCUUUACUUAACUAUCUUCAUACUAUAUUUUCUGAAUUAGCGAAUGUGUUUCAUUUGAAGCUGACUUCUCAGAUACCAAGAUCUUCAGUAAAUGGUGUGUCCUAUGUUGUUGAGAAAUUGGUAUAUCAUGUAGAGGAUUUGUCACAAGGUACAUUACUCGGUGAAAUAAUCAUUGAUCCUUUUGCUAGAAGUGGUCGUUUAAUUCCAGUUGGCGGCAUUCACUUACUCACAGUGGCAACACGCAACAAUUUAUCAGCAAAUGAUAUUCGUAUACUCUCUGGAUCAACGCAGCAUCCAAUUGUUUAUCUGUUAGGUAGCUUAAAUCCUUCGACUGAAACACUUGGUGUUUCGUUCGGUACUAUACUCUCAUUCAUGUCUGUCUUUGGAUCAUGUCUUCAACUUGUUGCUUGUCGUGUUCCACAUCAUGAGUUAUACAGUUUCCCGCACUAUAUUGCACUAGAUAGUCGUUAUCUUAUGUCGGAUCUGUGCCAUAGUAUUGGCUCUAGUGGUGCAAUACCUUCUAUUCGCAAGCAUAUGCCGAAUAAACAAAAGGCUCACUUUCGACCAUCUCCUGUAGGCUUAAGAACGCCACCGAAACGUAUUAUGUCAUUGCUUAUUCUUCAAGAAUUAUAUACAUCUAGAUUUGACUUAGCUGUUUGGUCUAAAAAACACUCAGACACGAAAUGGUCAACUCUGCAAAAAGAAUUAUGGAAAAUGCAUAUGCCAUAUCCUCUUCAGCCAGAUGAUCAGUGGCCAUGCUCUUGUGUCCUUCUCUUUGGGCCAAAUUCACAAGCUGGUUUAUUCUACCAUCAAAUUUGGCGUAGAAUUCUCUUACAAGAUGUUUUGUGUGCAUUACGUGAUGCUAAUUGGUUGUCUGAAGGUCCAGAGUCGGCAAAGGCCUCGGAGGUAUUCAAACGUUUCCGUGAUACAUACUUGACUUAUGGUAGUGCAAUCCCACCAGCUGAAUUAUUUCGUCGUUUUCGUGGAAGAGAUCCUGAUCCUAAGUUGUUGUUAAAUGACAUGGAACGCUCAAUGAGACCUGUAGAAUCGUCUACAGUAGCAGAAUGUGUUGAUGCUCUACCGGUUCAUUGACAGUUUUCUGUAUUCUAGUUUACACAUUGAAUCAUGUACACAGCUUUUUAGUAUAUACCUCCAAUCACACAAAAUCUAUUCUUCUCAUUGGUUUGCAAAUGCUGACAGUUGUACAUUUCAGAAUAAUUUUCUUAGAUUACUGCAAUGUGAUAUUUAAAAUACAUUUUAGGAAAUAUGAGAGAACCCUUCAGUGUGUUAAUAUUUGUUUGUAUGUAUGGAAGUUCUUAUGAAAAAUAAACUCGUAUUAAGCUUAGUUAC